CAAGGAGCACCCCAACCAUGGCCCCCAGCGCCCUCUGGAGCUGCUACCUCUGCUGCCUGCUGACCGCCUCCGCAGGGGCAGCUAGCCACCCUUCUCGUGGCUACAGCCUCUACACAGGGGGUGGGGGGGCCCUUAGCCCUGGGGGGCCCCAAGCCCAGAGCGCCCCGCGGCCUGCAAGCAGACACAGGAACUGGUGUGCCUACGUGGUGACCCGGACGGUGAGCUGUGUCCUUGAGGAUGGAGUGGAGACCUUCAUCAAGCCUGACUACCAGCCAUGUGGCUGGGGCCAGCCCCAAUGUCCCCGCAGCAUCAUGUACCGCAGCUUCCUCCGCCCUCGAUACCGUGUGGCCUACAAAACAGUGACAGAUAUGGAGUGGCGGUGCUGUCAGGGCUAUGGGGGCGAUGACUGUGGUGAGGGUCCUGCCCCAGCACUGGGUCCUGCUCCUACCACACCACACCCUCAGCCCCGGCCUGCCCGCCCCAACCUCUCUGGCUCCAGUGCAGGCAGCCACCUCAGUGGGCUAGGGGGCGAAGGUCCUCGGGAGUCAGAGAAGGUGCAACAUCUGGAGGAGCAGGUGCAGAGCCUGACAAAGGAGCUGCAAGGCCUUCGGGGUGUCCUUCAGGGGCUGAGUGGGCGCCUGGCAGAAGAUGUCCAGAAGGCUGUGGAGACGGCCUUUAAUGGGAGGCAGCAGCCAGCAGAUGCAGCUGCCCGCCCUGGCGUGCACGAAACCCUCAACGAGAUCCAGCACCAGCUGCAGCUCCUAGACAACCGCGUCUCCACCCAUGACCAGGAGCUGGGCCACCUCAACAACCAUCAUGGCGGUGGCGGUGGUGGUGGCGGCAGCACCCUGGACUCAGCCCCAGCCCCUCCUGGCCACAGCGAGGAGCUGCUGCGGGAGCUGGAGCGGCGGCUGCAGGAGUCCUGCUCUGUGUGCCUAGUGGGGCUGGAGGGCUUCCGCCGGCAGCAGCAAGAAGACCGGGAGCGGCUGCGAGCACUGGAGAAGCUGCUGGCCUCAGUGGAGGAACGGCAGUGGCAGUUGACUGGGCAGGCCCUGGGCCGCAGGCCCGCUCAGGAAUGCUGUCCCCCGGAGCUGGGCCGGCGACUGGCGGAACUAGAGCGGAGGCUGGAUGUCGUGGCUGGCUCGGUGACGGUGCUGAGCGGCCGGCGAGGCACUGAGCUAGGAGGAGCAGCCGGGCAGGGGGGCCACCCCCCGGGCUACACUGGCUUAGCCUCCCGCCUCUCUCGCCUGGAAGACCGAUUCAACUCCACCCUGGGUCCCUCAGACGACCAGGAGGGGGGUUGGCCUGGGGACCCUGAGGGGCUGGGCCACUCGCUGCCGGCUGCCUGGGGCCGACUAGAGAAGCUGGAGGGGCUGCUGGCCAAUGUGAGCGGGGAGCUGGGUGGGCGGCUGGAUCUGCUGGAAGAGCAGGUGGCAGGAGCUGUGCAGGCCUGUGGGCAGCUCUGCUCAGGGGCCCCCGGGGAGCAGGACUCCCAGGUCAGCGAGAUCCUCAGUGCCCUGGAGCGCAGGGUGCUGGAUAGCGAGGGGCAGCUGCAGCUGGUGGGCUCAGGCCUGCACAAGGUAGGAGCAGCUGGGGAGGCCCAGCAGGCCACACUGGAGGGACUGCAGGGGGCUGUGGGUCAGCUCCAGGAUCGUGUGGAUGCCCAGGACAGGAUGGCCGCAGAGCUCACACUGCAGCUGAAUCUCACGGCUGCACGGCUGGGCCAGCUGGAGGGUCUGCUGCAGGCCCGUGGGGACGAGGGCUGCAGGGCUUGUGGCGGUGUCCAAGAGGAGCUGGGCCGCCUUCGGGACGGUGUGGAGCGCUGCUCCUGCCCCCUGCUCCCCGCGCGGGGCCCUGGCGCUGGCCCGGGUGUUGGGGGACCAAGCCGAGGGCCACUGGACGGCUUCAGCGUGUUCGGGGGCAGCUCAGGCUCAGCCCUGCAGGCCCUACAAGGAGAGCUCUCCGAGGUCAUUCUCACCUUCAGCUCCCUCAAUGACUCACUGCACGAGCUGCAGACCACUGUGGAGGGCCAGGGUGCUGAUCUGGCUGACCUGGGAGCCACCAAGGACCGCAUCAUCUCUGAGAUUAACAGGCUGCAGCAGGAGGCCACAGAGCAUGCUACAGAGAGUGAGGAGCGCUUCCACAGCCUGGAGGAGCGACAGCCACAGGCUGGCCAGUGCCCUGGGGUAGAGGGGAGGUUGGGCCGUCUUGAGGGAGUCUGUGAGCGGUUGGACACUGUAGCUGGGGGGCUGCAGGGCCUACGAGAGGGCCUUUCCCGGCACGUAGCUGGGCUCUGGGCUGGGCUACGGGAAACCAACAGCACCAGCCAGACGCAGGCAGCCCUGCUGGAGAAGCUGCUGGCAGGGCAGGCGGGCCUGGGCAGGCGGCUCGGUGCCCUCAACAACUCCCUGCUAAUCCUGGAGGACCGGCUACACCAGCUCAGCCUGACGGACCUCACUGGGCCAGCAGGUGAGGCUGGGCCCCCAGGGCCUCCUGGGGUGCAGGGGCCUCCAGGCCCUGCCGGACCUCCAGGACCUCCAGGCAAGGAUGGACAAGAGGGGCCUGCCGGACCACCAGGUCCCCAAGGUGAACAGGGUGUGGAGGGGGCACCAGCAGUCUCUGUGCCCCGGGUGGCUUUUUCAGCUGCCCUGAGUUUGCCCCGGUCUGAACCGGGCACAGUCCCCUUCGACAGAGUCCUGCUCAACGAUGGGGGCUACUAUGAUCCAGAGACAGGCGUGUUUACGGCGCCACUGGCCGGACGCUACUUGCUGAGCGCGGUGCUGACUGGGCACCGGCACGAGAAAGUGGAGGCCGUGCUCUCCCGCUCCAAUCUGGGCGUGGCCCGCAUCGACUCUGGCGGCUACGAGCCGGAGGGCCUGGAAAACAAGCCGGUGGCCGAGAGCCAGCCGAGCCCGGGCGCUCUGGGUGUCUUCAGCCUCAUCCUGCCACUGCAGGCCGGGGACACGGUCUGCAUCGACCUGGUUAUGGGGCAGCUGGCGUACUCGGAGGAGCCGCUCACCAUCUUCAGCGGAGCCCUGCUCUACGGGGACCUGGAGCUCGAACAGGCAUAGUAAACACAGGGCCGGGCCGCAACGGCCCCUAGUGUCUACUCCGGCUGAAGGGCCCAUGGGAGAGGCGGCUCCCAGGGUCCCCGCCUGGACGGGCGCCGUCUCAGACGCCUCCAGCCUCGGGGCUGCAGUCUCUGGACGCGCCGCGGUACCGGCGCCCAGAGCGGCUCCUCCCCAGCGUGCUGGGGCGGGACUCCAGGGUCCCCUCGUCCAGACUUCUGGCCCGAUCGCGGUCCCCUCCCGACCUCGCUCCAGGGCCCAGACUGCGGAGGAGCCCAUCCUCGCUCCUUUCACUCCCGCAACCGAUCUAGAGGCGGACUCCCUGCGGUCCAGGGCUCUCCCCACGGCCUUACUAAACUAUUCAGGAAUAAAAACACUUUUUUUUUUCUAAAAAAAUACAAACAAAAAAAA